AUGAGAGCAUUACAAAUAUUACUACUUGUGGUGCCUUUGUGCGCUGCCCAGUUUCGCAUUCAGGGGCCCAGCGACGGAAAUCGCCGGGCGCAGGGCCUGAAGUAUGACAAUGAAAAGGGAAUUCAGUAUGAUGAUCAGAGAGAUUCCUUAGGCACCGGUGAUUUUUCCAUAACCGGAGCGUCAGACGGAAGCUCACAAAUUCAAGGAGCAAGCGACGGAAACUCGAAUUUCCAGAUUCAUGGAGCCACUGAUGGCCUUGCCAACUUCCACAUUCGAGGGCCCACGGACUCUAAUGCCCAGUUCCAAAUUCAAGGAGCCACCGAUGGAAACGCCAAUUUCCACAUUCAAGGGGCUACUGACGGAAACGCUGAUUUCCAGAUUCAGGGAGCUACCGAUGGAAACGCUAAUUUCCAGAUUCAAGGAGCUACCGAUGGACACAGUCAGAGUUCAAUCCAAGCACCUCAAGAUUACAAUCAGAGAGCUUUGUCUUACAAGGACUCAUCAGGUUCCAGACUGAACUGGAAAUCGUAUCAGCAUUCAGCUAGGGCACAGCCCCAGGCCCAGUAUGAAGAGCCUGUUCAGUACGCCGCAGCUCCCGCCCCUCGCCGGAAAUCCGGCAGACGUCCACAGGGUCAAGCUCAGCCUAUUCAGGCUCCAGUGGCGCCCGAGAACAACUACAAGGUCUUUAAUUCUGCACCACCUGCGAUUCAGCAGCUACUUCAGUUCCAGCAGCAAGCUCCGUACCAGAACAUCAUCCCUCCGCAAUUCAGAUAUGAUUUCCACGGUCCUCCACCUGCUGCCCUCGCUGGUCAGCAAGAAGAAGCAGGCCCUGAAGCUCCCCUUCCUCAAGAACAACCGACGCGCUCGCAAUAUCGAGCGAAGGCUCGAGGACGCUCAAGGGAGAGACGCGCCGCUCAAGGUCAAUCCCGUCAGAGACAACAGAAGAAUCCUCAGAGGAUCGCUGGGCCACCUGCUGACCCCCAACCUCGUCUAUCUACUAAUAUACCAGCCACUAUUCAAGGGAUUUUGGACUUCCAGGCGAAGGCGCCUUAUGUCAAUCACAUUCCUGAGCAAUGGAGAUACGAAAGACUAUUAGAACAAGAGAAAAACCUUCCACCCCCUCAAUACCAACGUCAACCGGAACCUCAGUCUGUUCGCCACAGCCAACGAGUCAGAGAGAGGAGAGAAGCUCAACACAAACAAGCUCAACCCCAGUACAGUCCGAAUCUUCCAGCUCACCUACAAAAACUGCUGCACUUCCAGGCUUCCACGCCUUACACCAGUGUCAUCCCUGAACAAUACAGUUACGAGAAGCUCCUGGCAGCGCAGAAAGGUCAGCACAGACAGAAGCGUCAGACCCCAAGAUACCAGCACAAUCAGCAGUCCCAGGUCGACCUCUCUCAGUACAGAAGAAUCUCCCAGUCCCAGGAGCCCCAGCAGCCCCUCCCUCAGUACUCUACGAACAUUCCAGGGUCGUUGAAGCAGCUCCUGAACUUCCAGUCCCAAGUGCCUUACGACAUCAUCGCGAACAGCAUUCAAUACCGUCUCGACAAGCCUUACGUUCCCCAGCCGGUGCAAGCGCCGCAGCCGGCGCCGAUCUCUCGAGUCCCUCAGCACACUCAAAGGCCUCAGCCAUUGGCUCAACCUCCUCAGUAUCAACAGCCUUUAGCGCAAGCCCCUCAGUACCAACAGCCUCAAAAACCCAUCUACCAGCUCCCGCAGAAUCAAUUCCCAUCCCACCAAUCCCAAUAUCAGCAGUCACAAGGAUCGCUCUAUCAGCCCAGCCCUCUUGCUCAACCUCAACUCCAACAGCAUCAAAUUCCUCAAGGUCCUCUCCUACAGCCCACACCUCUUCAACAGCCUCAACAGGCUCAGAGACCGAUAUAUCAGAAUCCCCAACAAUUGGGACAGCAGUAUCAACCGAACCUUCAGUCACAGCUGAUUCGCUCACAGUUGCAUCCUAAUCAGCUUCCACAAUUCGAUCGGCCAUAUCAGUCUCCCUAUGCACAACAGAACAAUCCUAUUCGUCCUGUUACGGAGAAUCAGUAUUGA